AUGUCUCCAUUGAUGUAUAGAAUUAUUUUAGAAGGUCAUAGUGGUGUUAAUCAAUUAGGUGGAGUUUUUGUAAACGGACGACCAUUGCCUGAAACUAUUCGACAUCAAAUUGUUGAGCUGGCUCGACAAGGUACAAGACCGUGUGAAAUUUCACGAAAAUUACAAGUAUCUAAUGGAUGUGUAUCUAAAAUCUUGGGUCGAUUUUAUCAAACCGGUUCGGUAAAGCCGAGAGCUAUUGGUGGUUCAAAACCACGUGUUGCAACACCAGAUGUCAUUGCAAAAAUUUCACAAAUUAAAACUGAAAAUCCUUCAAUAUUUGCAUGGGAAAUUCGUGAACGUCUUCUUAAUGAAUCUUUAUGUACACAUGAUAAUUUACCGAGUGUUUCUUCUAUCAAUCGAGUAUUACGCAAUUUAUCUUCUUCAUCAUUGAUAAAAUCUACUUCAAAUUUUUCAUAUGAUAGUUUACUUAAUUCAUCAACAUCAUCAUUUUGGCCACCAUUAGGAGAAACAAAUUCAACAUAUACAUGGACUUAUCAUAAUUCAAAACAUAAUACAAAUGAAAUAAAUUCUUCAACUGAAGGAAUUAAAUAUGAAUUAAUGAAUGAAGAUAAUAAUAGUAUUAAUGAUAAUGAACAAUGUAUAAAUAAUGAUUUAGAUUUAAAACAAAGAAUACAACGUAAUCGUACAGCUUUUACACAAGAACAAAUAAGAAUACUUGAAAAAGAAUUUGAACAUACACAUUAUCCCGAUAUUUAUGUACGUGAACGUUUAGCAAAAAGUAUAAAUUUACAAGAAAAUCGUAUACAAGUUUGGUUUUCUAAUCGAAGAGCUAAAUGGCGUCGUGAAGACAAAGCACGUAAACAAAAACAUACACCUACUACUUGUGAAUCAUCGACAACUAAUACAAGUAUUCAAUCGAUAGUUUCUCCAACAACAUUAUCUAUAUCUACUCCUCAACAAACACCAGGUUAUAUUAUUGAAUCAAAUAUUCCACAAUGUUAUUUUUCAAUGGAUAAUCAACAAAAUUUAUCUGUUAAUUAUUCAUGUUCAUCAUCGAAUCCAACAUAUUCAUUAUCAACAGGUAAUUGUUAUGAAGAUCUUUCAUUUACACAAAAAUCAUCAUCAUCUUAUCUUCCAUCGGAUUAUACUACGCUUUCAUCGAACACAAUGUGUCAAUCAUCCAAUUUUCUUCAAACAUCAAUGCCAUCAUCAAUAUUUUGGAAUCGAUUUUAA